AAUCAAUGUGCCUUGCCUUUCUCGUCUCAGUUCAAUGGGGACUUCUCGGGCUAGCGCUGGAGUUAUCAUAGAAAUUUUCCCUUGAUCAGACCUCACAUCCCAGAAACACGUAUAUACUUUCCAACAAGGACCGGAAAAGCGAGACCCAGACCAAGACUGGACCAUAGAUAGGGAUCCAUAGAGAGCAAAGCUAUAGAAGGACUGUGUUACCCAAGGAAUCCCAAGGAAUCCCAAGGAAUCCGAGAAUGCGCAAGAUGCAGAUACUCGUCGUCACUCGCGACGGCAGGAAGAACAUCUAUGAGGUGGACCGGUUCGGGACGGUCGGCAAUCUGAAGGCUAGGAUCGGAUGCAACCUGUCCGUCCCGAUGGGCUUCAGCCGGCUGGCGUACAAGGGCCGCAUCCUGCCCAACCAGAGCGUCCUCGAGGACGUCGGCGUGAAGCGGAUGUCGACCCUGGAGCUGUUCUGGCAGCCGCUGGUCUUCACCCCGAAGCAGUUUCGCGAGAAGGAGGGCGACCUGGACAAACUGGAGCAGAAGCAGCGCGGUGCUGGCGGCAGCAUGACCGAGAGCUACGACCAGAUGGUCAAGACUGGGGGCAUUGUGAAGGCCUCUGGCAGUUUCCUGGGCGGCCAGUCGCUGGGCGGCGAUGUCCCGAAUCCCUCGUGCAGCGGCUCGGCCAAGUUCUCACUGCCACUGGCCACUCGGUCCAGCAGCAAGCUGCAGGAGAUUGAGGAGGAGGAACUGGAGGAGCUAACCUCCCUGUCCUCCGAUGAACUGGAAUUCCUGGCCGCCUAUCGCCGUCCCAAGGCCCAGGAGGAGGAGAAGAAGACACUGGACGAACUGGAGGAUGGUGCUGGGAAGGAGCUGCCCUCCGAGGAUGUCUUGGACUUGGAGCCGAAAUCCUCGGCGGCUCCUUUGUUAGAGGCUGAGGGCGGGGAGGUGGCCAAGCCAUCGGAGGCACCGGACGAGAAGCCAUCGGUGGAGGCCAUCGAACCGCCCAUUCCGCCCAGCCUCAAGAAGAAGAACAAGAAGAAUCGGAAGAAGAAGUAGAGUGGAGGUCUCGUCCUUGCGUUAUCCUUUGCCAAGUUUCCAACCAUUUGCUGUUAACACCACCUCCACCCGCCCCCCCCCAAUCAUUGCCUGGCAGCCUUGCAUCUCCGCAUCCCCGCCAAGGCGGUGGUUCUUUCCAAUCGUUACAUUCCAAUCGAAUAAAGAUCGAAGAAUUCUUCGUCAAAUCUUCCUGCCCUUCUUCCCCCCCCCGGAAGAGAGCCCCGGAAGAGAGCGAGCCAUGAAAA